AUGUAUGAAUGUUGCGUGACUGAAGUGAAGUGUGCAGUGGGAACUACACAAUCCUUCCCAAUACAAGUCGGAUUACACCAAGGAUCAGCGUUGAGUCCAUUUCUAUUUGCCAUCAUUAUGGACUCGCUCACGAAAGAUUGCAGAAGGAAAGCCCCCUGGAAUAUGAUGUUUGCCGAUGAUGUGGUAUUGUGUGCGAGAGAGAAGCGAGAGCUGGAAGAUCUGGAGCAGUGGAAAUAUGCACUGGAGAGAAGAGGAAUGAAGAUCUCAAGUUCAAAGACUGAGUAUAUGUGCCUGAAUGGGAUAUCAACUGGGAGUGUGGAAAUGUUGCAGAGACAGUUACCAGAAACAAUGGCAUUUACGUACCUGGGAAGUACACUUGAGACAGAUGGAGGAAUCGGGGCAGAAGUAAACCGAAGGAUACAAUGUGGAUGGAACAACUGGAAGAAGAUGUCUGGUAUCCUCUGCGACAAAAGUAUACCAUCGAAGGUGAAAGGCAGGAUCCACAUGUUGGUAAUCCAACCAGCGAUGCUAUUUGGUAUGGAAACGGUACCCCUGAGUACCCGUAACACCAAGAGACUAGAAGUGGCAGAAAUGAAAAUGUGCAGAUGGGCAUGUGGCCACACAUUGAAAGAUCACGUGAGGAAUGAGGUGAUUCGAGAAAAAUUGGGAAUCACGCACAUUACGGAACAGUUCAGGAAAGCCCGACUAAGGUGGUUUGGUCAUGUGAAAAGAAGAGACGAGGAGUAUGCUGGGCGCAGAGUGCUAGAGAUGGCACCACCAGCAAGAAGACGAAAAGGAAGGCCGAAAUUGAGAUGGAUGGACUGCCUGAGAAAAGACUUGGAAGAGAUAGAAGCAACAGAGGAAGACGCACUGAACCGGGAAACCUGGAGGAAGAUGAUAGCUGCAGCGACCCUGUAA